GAUCAUCCCUCCACCAUUGAACCAUUCGAACCAUUGCUGCCUUUCGGUGAAUGAAAUCACCACGGAAAUCAAUCCCGUGUUGGUGGUGGAAAAUAUGCAAAACUAUGCGAAGGUUGCAUUAUCGUCCUCAUUUCCGCUCCGGUUCGGCAAACGGUCAUAGUACUACGGUGGAAAAAAAGGAAAAAUAAAACAGCACUGCAAACAUUCCGAUGCACUAUUCAAACGGCCAACAGUAGUCCAUUCACAAUUUGAUCGUAUUCGAAUUACAAAAACCGAGUGCCGGUUGCAAGCGUGUGGCCCGAGGUGUGCUUCUGUGCCGAGUCGGUCGCAACUGCAUUUAUUUGCCGGUCGGGGUUUCGAUGCAAUUUACUCCGCGUAUCUAGGUGACACCGAUUUUCCACGCCGAAGUUGACAGACAGCAGCGGGCCACACUUCCUUUCACCCAGAAGUGGGCAGGUCAGAACAGGAAUGAAUUAGGUUAGUUUGACUAGCAAGCUGACGCCAAACAGAACCACGAUGUAAAGCUAAAAUAUUUUGUGCAUAAUGAUACGACCGGUAGAUCGUACAAGAGAACACCAAACUUUAUCAUAUAUAAUGAGAAAUAAAGGCACGAAAGCAAUGAAUCAUAGGAAGUAGAUAAAGAAAAGCUAAAAUUAAAUUACACCACGAUAUCAGUACCAUUUUCUAUUCGGCAUGGAAUUUUUCACACCAUGCACAAAUUAAAUUACCAAUCAACUCAAUUGUGUGCAUAUAGCUUACACGUUUUAUGUGUGAGGUUUAUAAAGCUUCUCCCCCCGUUCCAAUGCAUCAUGUGCCCAAUUACAAUGGUGGUAGCAAAAAUUAUCCGCACUCAGCUGCUGUUUAAAUAAUAAUUUAAUCAUUUAAAAUUAAAUCAUCGGUCAGCGGAAGUGAUAGGAUUUUCUUUUCGAUUGCGGUCACAAGUUAGAAAGGUCACAUAACGGACCCGAUGGAAAACGUAAUUAAUGAAAUGGAAUUAGUUCAGGUGUACUAUCGCAUACUUGCAGUGAGUGUGACACUCACCCAACUCAUGUCAUCUGAUGUGGUGCAAAUUGUUUUUACAUAGUACCAACUUAAGUUUUUUUCCCCUCACUCGAUCGUAAGCUGCACUGGUGCUGGGGUGUAAUUUUUACACCGCUACCAAGGUAGCAUAUAAUCGGUUGAUUUAAUUCGUUCAAUUUAAUAUUGCGGACUAAUUUACCCUGCACCGUGUAAUAAAUAGUGAAAUGUGUGCUUAUUUAAUCAGGUGUGGGAAAAAAAAGAUAAAAACAAGCGGUAGGGAAUCCUAUUUAAAUUGUACAUUGCGUGGAAAACAAAAAAAAGUACAGUUGUACUAAUUUUUGCUUCGCGUACUAAAAAAAACAUCGAACAGGGGGGCGAUGUUUUGCGUCACUCACGUGCUACCGCCCAGCUACAAUUGGUCAUCGAGAAGUUAUAAUCAUGGCGUCAUGGUAGCCCACCUUCCUUCCCCAUCCCGCCCUCGUUUAUUAACCUUCCGAUACAUUUUAAUUCCGAUGUACCGAUCCGUGCGGCAGUGUGCGUAGUGUGCGAACCCCGAAUUGUAACGGGUAACAUGUUUACAUGUGUCGCCGUACCUACCGUGUGUUGCCACAGGCGUACACUACGCUUUGUUUGUUCCCUUGACAACACAGGUAACACACCUACGGUUGUAGGGCCUAACUACAGCACAGCAACAUAACAAUAGUGGCCAUACCUAUCCACCCACCACACGAUCCCGGCUGUCCCGGGUCAAUUGAACAUUGGGCAAGAGUUGUUUGGUGCAUCGUUCAUGAGGUCCAUUAAACUCCCGGUACAAAGGGAACCAUAUCAACCCCUUUUUUGCUUUAACUCCCCCCUCUGUCCCCAACCCUCACUACCACCUAAAGCGAGUUCUAAAAUGCGGACUCAGUUUCCAUGACAACAAUGGAAUUAAACAACACAAGAAUGGUGAAUAAACACGUAGAAGAUAGAAAGAAAAACGCACACAAGGGUCCAGCAACUCCAGCACACAUACACAGGUGUAGGAGUCUUUGCAAGUUGGGGGCUGGAAAAUCUAAAGAAAAACUACCCCUCAGUGAGAGAGGUGCACGUGUGUGUUAGUGUGUUUGAGUGUGGGUGCCCCUACAAUGAAUGAGGGGAACAGGUGAAAAUAGGCAUUUGGCCAAAAAAACACAAGGCAGUCUUGUUGGAAGUGCUCCCCGGUACGGUUGAAUUACGACGAAGCGGAUCGGAUUGCUGACAUACUGUAGGAUAUGUACCAUAGCGUGAAAUAAUGUUUUGCCAUCAAAUGUGGAUAAAUGAUGGAAUUGACAUAAAUUUCGGAAGUGUUCUACCAAGCGAAGAUCAGUAUGUUUUCGAGUCGCGUUGAUCAUUGUGCCUAAGGGGAUGUUUUUGAUACUUUAGCUGAUUAAUUUAAAGCGCAAAGAAUGUAAAAGUGUUUGAUGUGGAUUGGAAAAAUGUUUAUGCACAAUCGCGAGCACGACAUGUGAUAAGAGUUUGCUGUUCGUUAGUGGAUCAUUUGACGUGUAGAACACAUUUUUGUGCAUUGAUUUGCCGGAAAACAUAGGUACUACCCGAUGACAGUUAGUGUUGUGUUGUUUGUGUUGAGAAGUGAGAAGAAGUGAACAAAAACACAACUGAAAGCGUCAGCAAAGGUGACCUUCUAAUUAGAUUCGCCAACUCCAGUGACCAGUGAAGCAGAGUCGUUUGAAGUUUAAGUGAUACGGUAAACCCCGUCAGCUUCGCGUCGGAGGCGCCUUUUGAAGUGAGCCAAAGGAAAUGGAUAAGUGUAAACAAAACGUGAGAACAGGCCGCGUACCGAACCUUCCGUAGGGUUGAUGUUCUCUUAUUGGUUGUGUUUGCUUUGGAAGCGAUUGUGUGUACCGUGCCGUGCUUGCUUUUGACGCUUUUUGGCAGGCAUCAUCGAUUGCAGUAGCGAUCAGUAGAGUGAAGCACCGUGUAUCGAACCGGCGGAGAAAGGAUCUGUGUUUCUUGGUCCGACGCGUAAGUGCAGCCGAUCCCGCCUAGCUAGUGAUUGAGCGAAGAAAAGAUUGCCAAUGACGUACGCCAUUACUCAAUCCAGCGCGAACGGGAACGAUUAACCGGAACCGUUUGGUGGCGAUAGUGUGGGCAUGCGAAUGCAAAACUACCAAACCAUUCAAAACAGGAAAGAUAUUGCCGCGAGUCGAAUGCGCUGCUCAUCGGAUUGAUGAGGAAGGCAAACAGAAAUAAUGAAGUGCAAUUUUCGUUACCUGACGUUGCUGGCUGGCGGACUAGUGUUAAGCUUGGUGGCAGUACCAGUAGUCCAAGGAUAUAGCAGUGAUCCACAUCUGUUCGAGAAUCGAGAUGGCUACAUCAUCGGUAACUAUCUACAGGCAACGGAUCAGGACAUCCGAGACUUCUUUUGGACCGGUUCCGGCGAUGGUCCCAGCUCGGUAUUGAAUCCCUUCGAACGAUUUCCCAUCAGCGAGGAUGCCAUCAUCAAGACGGCCACGGUUGUGGCCACCGUGUACAUCGAUCGCAACGGUGGCCCGGAUGGGUACGAUGAUCUGUGCAUCUUCGACUGCCCAUCCGUGCCCGGCAUCCGGGGAGACGAGACGGACCAGCAGCCGGUGGACGAAGACGACUACGGCCACACCGUCGAUAACGUUACGCCCACGGAUCGACGCUUCUGGCUGAUGACCGUCAUCGGGGGGCUGUACGGACGGCAAGACUAUCCGGCACUGGAGGGUAAACUGGCCAAGCUGUAUCGGGUUGCAUUCGCAAGGCAACAGGCAUUACAUCUCGGUAUCAACGGAAGCAGCAACAACCAGCACAACAACAACAAUACACUCGAGCAACAGUCGAUGGGCGAGAGUGAAAGGACCGGCCACCGUACUAAGCGCCGUGUGCUACCGUACGGAAAUUCCCGCCAGGAUGAAGAAGGCUUACCAAGCCAACAACAAAAGGCUGCAGUUGGACAGAAACCUGAGCUACCUUCCGGUGGGUACUCACCCCAUGCUGGUACCCGUGUACUGCUGAAUGGAAAUGUCAUCGCGUACGAACGGGUGGAACGUCGGCGGCGGAAACGUCGGGGACGGAAAAUCCUGCACAAAAGAGACACGGGAGAGAUGGUCCGGUUGGUGCAGGUGGACCAUGGGACGGGGAGUGACGUUCUACCGGUACCGCCGGUAGUGGAAGUCAUCGGAGGACACAACCCGCAGGAACAGGAGGGUAGCGGCACAGGUGGAGUUGGUAGCGGAAGUGGGAAUGGUGAAGAAUCCGAAGAACAGUUACGUACGCUGCACGGUACCGUCGAUGGAGGCCCCGACCGGACGGUGGUUAGGCGCAAUCACGACAAGGAUGCAUACUCGACCGGUCGGCGGAAGGUGCGGAUCCUGAUACACAAUACCACCCACUUGCGGGAGGAGGAUCGAUUGUCAAUGGAUGACGAUGGUCGGGACAACAAUCGGUCGAAAAGUAUCCGGGCUGGCGGCGGUGGUGGUGGUGGAUCGGCGGGCAUGACGAACCACACGCUGAAUCAAACCGAAAUAAUCUACUCAGUAUUUGUGGGAGGCUUACCCGUGCUAGCAACAACGGCCGCCGAAGAUAUGAAGCUGAUGUCACAGGACGAGAUGGAGCACGUGCUGGAAACGAUGGUUUACCUCAAAGCGGACCCGUAUCUGAAGGAGCCCCAGGCGACACCGCUGAUUCCGUCGACUCAGAACGGUAGCGGUAACGUGAUAGCGUUGAUCGGCCAAAACCCAAGCCUGUUUGUGGUGUCGUGUGUGGCUGCCCUGCUGCUUGCCGUGCUGUGCAUUGGAUUGUUUCUUUUGGCACGCGGCAAACGGAAGCACAUUGGCGAGAUGAAGAAAUUGGAGUCAACGCAGGCACUCGUAAUGCCGGGAACGAUAACCGAGGAGUUGAAUGCACUGAAAACGGGUGAAAGCGGUAGUAGCAGACAUCCGUCUCCUUACACUCGUGAUCCCUCUGCGAACGUGAGCCUAAUAGCACAGAAACCCUCCCCAACGAUCCAUUUCCCACUGCCACCGAUGACACGGCCUACCUCCUCGUCCUCGAGCUAUUCGUCCGAUUCGUCCGUGUACUAUCCGAAGCGCAAGCAGAAACAUCAUCAUCAUCAUCAUCAUCAACAUUUACAUCAUUCGCAGCAACAGCAGCAGCAGCAGCAGCAUGAACUGCUGGACGAGAAGUCAGUCAAUCUGAGCAACAAGCUGCAGAAACAGUUCCAUCUGCAAUCGCUGCUGACCGUGCACGGUGGACAGGACAAUGUGUACGCAUCGGUCCAGAAGCCGAAGAAGGAAAACAAGCGGCGUCGGAAGUACUUGGGCGAGAAUCGGGUCGGAUCGUUCGAGGGUGGUGCGGGACUGGUACCGCCCAGGAGUCCACUGACGACGACCACCGCCAGCAGCGCUAGUCCGAGCGAUCGUUCGUAUGACGAUCGUGAACCGAAGCUGGUGCCUGGCCCGUACGGGCACAGCGAAACCUUCAACACGGAUGUCAUCCUGAAGCAUUAUCUGAAACGUAAGCCCCUGGUAGGUUAUGGCGAGGGCCAUGGAUUGCCGGUGGAAGCAUUGAAUCGGGACAAGAUCCGCAUACUGGAGCAGUGCGGCGGUGGUGGCGUUUCGGUGGAUUCCGGUAGCAUUGGAUCGUACCUGAGUAUGGCUUCGGUGAAAAGUUUUCCAAGAUGCUUUGUGCCAGAACCGCUGAGCCGUGUGCUGGAACCAGUUACCAUGACUCAUCUUGAUCAAUCGGAUGCGUACGUUGAGGGUAUGAAGUCUACCAGGCUUGAUACGGCCGGUACUAGUCAGUACAAUACGGACACGGAAGUUCACCUAGCAAGAACUCAGAGUGAUGGCGCUGAUCCAGGCGUUGUUGGACCGAUCGUAUGGCAGAUGCACAAAAAAGAAAUGGAUGAAAUAGCUAGUCCCAUGCGCGAUCCAGUGAUAACGAGAAAUCGUUUCGAGGGUUUGCUUGAGGGUGCUAUCCAGCUGUACACUGAUGGUCCCGAGCGGGAAGAAGAACAGAAGAACUCAAUCCCACUGCCCGGCGUUAUACGGCCGGUGGAAAACCGAGGAAAAUCAGCUGUCGUUGUAAGAGAAACAUCCCGCUCUUCAUCGGCCACCAUACGCCCGGUAACGGCCGCUCCGGUACGUAAGCCCGCCGAUGGGACGAGAUUGGAAAGUUCUGUCUCACCAACACCGGGAGGAACGCGUGGCGGAGCGUGGAGCAGUGGGACACACUCACCAAUGGUACGGCCAAUGAGUGCCGGCCCGUUCCAUACACCAUCGGGACCGGUCGGUGGGAUGGAGGUGACGCGCAUUACAGCACCACAAAGUGUUCUUCAAUCGACGGAACUGUCAACGGCGCCACUGCUGCAAAACAUCAUGCAGGAGUUGAAACGGUUUCGCAACGAGCAAUAAGCGAGGAACAUCCACACCUGAAAGGAUGGAUCCUUGAAAAGCAAUAUCGUGUAGGAGAUAGUUUUUCUUUUUUGCCCCCUUUUCCCGUGUUAAUGGAAAAUGGAUUUUAUAUACGUAUAUUUAUACAUAUACACGCUACUAUUAUACAUGUACUGUAAAAUAUCGCUUAUACCAGACGAAUGGGAGGGUACGGAACAGGUGUUCGUGGUUUUGAUUAUUUCGUGACCAUUAGUAGGUGGUCUGGUUCGCUGGUAAGGCUGUCGAACGUGUCGAAUAAAAUGUUUUGUACCUUUUACGCUUGCGGUCCCCCGGUCGCCGGUCCUAUUCGGUAGCAUUAGUCAGUGUCGGUAUGGCACGUAAAUUUAUUCCAGAUUCCAAAUAAACGAAGCAACAACCAACCCUGGAUGGAUAAAUGCGUAGAAUUUUAAGCAAAUAUAAAUCCGCACCUGGUGGACACUUUUUUUUCAAGGAAUUAAA